AUGCGGUCUGCGGUGGGCGCGUGUCCGCGCAGCCGGCACCGUGUGCGGUGCAUGGUCAUUGCGGCUGGGCGUGUGGCGCUUCUUUUUGUGUUGGCGCUGGCUGCUGCUGCUGCGUGGAUGCCUGCGGCGCAUGCGGUGGUGUUGCGACUGCGGGGCGGCACGGUGGACAGAGCCAUCACGGUGGGCCGCGCCGUGGACACGGUGCUGAUGGACGGCGUGUACAUCACGAACGGCGUGGCUGUUGUGUUUGACGUGCCGGCGAUGCUUCCCGGCGCGCUGCGCAUCGAGUUGAGGGAUUGUGUGUGCGACGGCGGUGCGCAGAUCCACGUGCGGGGCUACAGCGGCGAGCCGGCGCGUGACCGGAGCCUGGAGGUGAGCGUGAGCGGGCUGUCCGGCGGCUACUGCUCGCUCGUGUUUGUGCACAACCUGCCGGCACACACGAACGUGACGGUCCGUGACUCGACGAUUGUGACGCCGGGACCGAUGCGCUACUCGCAGCUGAGCGGGCUGAUGGACGCGGUGGCGUCGCCGCUUGUGCUGUACGCGACAUCGCUGUUGCAUUUGCAGCUGCGUGUGAGCAACACUGUGCUGAGGUCGUUGCAGGCGGGCGGGUCGGCGGUGUACGUUGGCGGCGGCGUGGACCUGCUGUCGAGCGCGGUGGUGUUUGACGGCGUGUUGCUGGAGGCGUUGGGCGGUCCGACCGCGUCCGCGAUGCGUGUGGCGUCUUCGUCGCGUCUCAGUCUGCGGAGCCACUCGGUGUUCUCCGUGACGAACGUGUCGGUUGUGAGCAGCGGUGGCGGCCUUGUGCUUGGCGAGCGCCUCGCGGUGUCCGACUCGGUGCUGCGCUUCGUGGGCGUCGAGGGGUCUGCUGCGUCGUCGCUGGUGCGCUGCGACGGUGGGACGAUCGGUGGCGGCGGGUGGCUGGACCUGCACGACGUGUGGGCGGUGGGCGAGGCGUCGUCUGUGGCGUCGCUGUCGGGUGUGACGCUGGACGGUGGCGCCGUGUCGAUUGCGCGCUGCGCUGCCACCGGCUCGACGCUUGUUUCCGGGCUGGCGAUCACGAGCGGCGCCGUGUCGGUGCAGUGCAACCGUGCCGGUGGCCGGGUGCUGCGGAGCAGCGGCGACUACCGCUUGGCCGGUCUGCCCUCCGUGAGCGUGGUGCCGUGCGACGGCUGUGCGGCUGCGCUGGCGUGCUUCGAUGCGCUGACGGCGUCGUUCUCUGACUGCGUGUGCAGCUGCCGUGCCGGCGGCGUGGGCGACGCGUGCCUGCCGUUCGACGUGCCGGUUGCGAGGUCCGGCGGCGGUGGUGGUGCGCAGGACUGCGUGAGUGGCGUGACGCUGACGGAGUCGGUGACGGUUGGCGGUGGGCGUGCGACGGCGUGCUUCGACUCGGUGGUGUUCAGCGGGCCGAUCACUGUGGCGGUGGAUCUGCGUUUGAUGGGCGCGUUUGCUGACGCGCUGAACGUGACGCUGCGCCACUGCGUGCUUGCGGGCGGCGCGCAGCUGCGGAUUGGCGGCCUCAGCGAGAGCACGGCGCGCCUGAUGCCCCACGCCCUCGUCAACAUGACGAAUGUGACGUCGCUGGAGGGCACGAUUGUGCUGAAUGGCGCGAUGCCGCCGAACUCGAGUGUGCUGCUGGCGAACUCGACGCUGCGCGCGACGGUUGGCGGGUCGCAGUACGUGCCGACGACUCCUGGCCAUGCGGGAUAUCGGUGUGGCCCCGCGCUUGUCCUGGACGGCGUCCGGCUUCUGUCGACGCGGUUUGUCAUGACGCGGUCGACGCUGGUGUGUGGCGGGGGCUCGUGCGCUGCGAUCCUCGUGGAGCGCGGUCUCGACGUGAACCUUUCCAGCGUUUUCUACAUGGACAACUGCGCUGUCAAUUCGCAGACGCACGUGAUGUACGCCCUUGCAUUGGGCCUGCGUGUCAGCGGUGGCUCUGUGUUCUCCAUACAGAACAGCUCGUGGAGUGCGCCGAGCAUUAACAUCUACGAAGGUGCGUGUGUGUUUGAGGACGUUGCGGUGGCUGGCGGCAGCGUGCUGCAGAUUGUGUCCAGCACUUUCCGUCUCGGCUUCGCCAUGCUCAUUGCAAACACGCUGACUGUGACUGGUGGCAGUUGGCUAGUGCACCGCGACAACGAGUUCCGCACCGCCUACGUUGUGUACGUGGCCGACGAAAA